AGUCAGUUGCGCGUCUACCCCGCCCCUGUCUUUCCUCGCCGCCGCUCCCUCCCUUCUUCACACUUCACUAUGGACGAGAUGCCGAUAUUGUCUUGGAGUCGGAAUAUAUCAUGUGGGAGACGAGUGCAGAUGUGCAUCUAGAAAAGGAUGACACAUAUCUUCCCGAAGUUUGGGCUUGGUAUGCCAUGGGCGCUUUCGUGAUACUUCUUCGGUACGUGGUGCGCAUCCGGACCGUGCGCAUCAGUGGCUUUCGCGGCGACGAUUACCUUGCUCUGCUGUACCUCGCGUUAUACACCAUCAAUUUAUACGUUGUACAGGUGACGUACUAUACCGGAGCAAACAUCGACAUCCCCGCCGCGGCGGUGCCAAGCCUAUCGGAUCACGAUGUCGCUGUCCUUGAACUCGGUUCGAAGCUUGAAUUCCUGUCCUGGUAUACAUAUCCAGGCUGCAUUUGGGUUCUCAAGUUCACCGUGUUGUGCUUCUACAACCGUCUAACGCUGGGAGUAUUGCGGAGGCGAACCAUGAAAGCGCUCUUCUGGUUGUGUGGCACAUCAUACUUGGUCCUGUGCAUGACGGUUACGUUCAGCUGUCGGCCAUUCUCCGACAACUGGAGGAUCCGGCCUUUACCGGGUCCCGAAUGCACUUUCCGGCCGCAGAACUUUUGGGUGUUAGUUUCCCUCAACAUCUUAACCGACGCGGCCCUCCUUAGCAUCCCGAUACCGAUCCUCUGGCAGCUCCGGGUGUCCCUGGGCCGGAAGAUCGGCGUCGGCAUCCUGCUGUCGUCAGGCGUCUUCGUGAUAUCGACGGCAAUCGUGCGGGCCGUCACGACGCUGGGCGGGUCACAUUCCAUCAUCAACAUCAACCGCUGGGGAUUUCGCGAGCUCGCCAUCGGGCUCCUCACCGUCACCAUGCCCGUGCUGAGCCCAUUGGCCACGAGGGCGUUCUGGCGUCGCGGGCCAUACAUUCGAGAUUUCUAUGACAGAGUCGCAGGCGCCCGGUCGCGCAACGAUGCGCUGUUUGGCAACCGGCUUGGUAAUAUGGUUCUGAGAUACAUCGAUGAAGAGGCGGGAGAUGAGGUUUUCCGGAGCCUCGACAGGGCGAAGCAAUCGGGAGAAGCGGAAUACGAGCCAGGAUACGCCGCAAGAGGUGAGUCGUACGGCAAAGACAAUUCAGAGACGCAUGAAAUGGGGGCGAUGAGCGGCGGAACCAGCACGAGGAGUAUACCAAGCGUCAAGGAGACCUAACAGUAGGGUGCAAACUUGCGUACAUAGGAAGGCCAGCGAGCUUUCGAGAAGGGGAAGAGGAAGAGGAAGGGGCACAGGGCAUCGUUUUUCCUGGUUUCGUCUCGGAAAAACGCAAGUGUGUUUGUAAAUAAUCUUGGAUU